GGGAACCAGUGUUGACAUAGAACCAGUUUCCCAGAGCUAUAGAUUGACUGACAUAGGUCCACUACUGAAAAAGAAAUGGAUUAUGUAAAGUAUCUUGCUCUGUUCUUCGCAUUGCUGUCUGUUUCCAUGGUAAUUAUGGCAGACGAUAGUAGCGAAGAUGUUGACGAGGACAAUGAAGACACCGAAAACGAGGCUCAGGAGGAGGAAGCUACCGUCAUCGAGGAAACUCCUUCUGUCAGCUCAACAGUUAUACAGAGUGGCGGAUCAAAUAUCGAUUCAACAGUGAUACAGAGUGGUGGAUCCAAUGUAGUGGUAACUACGUAUGGAGCUGCACCAAAAACAAACACAGUAUCUAAACCAACCACCAAAGCAAAGGCCACUAUCUCCAAAGUCACCAAAAAAGUUAACCGGAUCGUUGCAUUCCACCGUCAACGAGCCACAUUUUUUAAAUGCCAAACUUCCUGUCUCGUGGGUGCAAUCUCCUGUAUGAAUACAUGCCGCAACGAAGGGUCAUACACAUUUUACAGAGACCAGUACAUGGUGUGCGGAAGAAAAUGUCGGUUCAGCCAGUACCAAUGUAAACUGGGCUGCAAGAAUGAACUCAGACGGAUUAGGACCGGGCAGAUGCGAUCCCUACGAGCGUAGACGUAACAAUCCAUUCUGUAUAAAACUUCAGCUACAACAAUCAUAGCAAAUAAUCUUUGCUCUAAUCAACAUUGCCUCAGGCCUCCAGUUUCAAUUCCAGAGAGGUUCUUGAACAAAACUGACGAUUUACAUCGAACAGUAUUCGAAUAUAUCCCCGGUAAAACAUUUUUGUUGUCGGGUACGCCGGUUUCAGGGAUUUGGAGAUGUAACAUCAAGAAAUCAUUUGUAAAUGAUGCUAGCGUCUUUUGUGUGAAAUCCAUGUUGUUCACUGUUUUUCUCUGUGUUUUUUUCUUGUAUUCAUUUAAUUUAUUAUAUUAUUAAACAAGUUCUUA